GUAAAUUAAAUGAAUGAAACACUAGUUUUCUUUUUUCCUUUUUUCACAGAGAAUGAAACACCAUAGCUACUAGUGAGAAGAAAAGAGUAAAAUAGAAACACAAAAACAAAAACUAACUAUUAUUGUCAUUGGGCUGGGGUCCAUGCAUGGCAACCUCAUUCUCAGCAUCAUCUCUCCUUAGAACAAAGCCUCGUCUCUCUUCUUCAUCUUAUCUCUUCACUUUCUUAGCUUUCAUUCUCUUCUCUGCUCUCAUCCUCAACACCCAUGAUUUCCUCUUCAUCUUCCGACCACACCAUGAUAAACCCCAUCCAAACACAGUACUCUUUUCAAAACCCGAUGAUGAGUUGACUCAGUCAAACACUGUUCCAAAUGAGGAGAAAACAGAGGAAGAAAGAGUGUGCGAUUUGUUCAACGGAAGGUGGGUUCGAGAUGAGUUGACUCGGCCGUUGUAUGAGGAAUCGGAGUGUCCGUAUAUUCAACCACAGUUGACUUGUCAAGAACAUGGUCGGCCGGAUAAGGAAUAUCGGCGGUUGCGGUGGCAGCCUCACGGUUGCGAUCUUCCCAAAUUCAAUGCAAGUUUAAUGCUAGAAACACUUCGUGGGAAGAGGAUGAUGUUCAUUGGAGAUUCCCUCAACAGGGGUCAGUAUGUCUCUUUGAUAUGCCUUCUCCAUCAUCUUAUCCCCGAACAUGCCAAAUCUAUGGAAACCUUUGAUUCACUCACUGUCUUCACAGCCAAGGAAUACAAUGCCACAAUUGAGUUCUAUUGGGCACCUUUUCUGCUUGAAUCAAACUCCGAUAAUGCUGUCAUCCAUAGGGUAACUGAUAGGAUUGUAAGAAAGGGUUCAAUCAAUAAGCAUGGCCGUUAUUGGAAAGGCGCAGACAUUUUGGUAUUCAACACCUAUCUUUGGUGGGUAACUGGCUCCAAGAUGAAGAUAUUGCUCGGUUCUUUUAAGGAUGAAGUAAAAGAGAUUGUUGAGUUGCCAACAGAGGAAGCCUAUCGUAUGGCUAUGAAAAGUAUGCUUAGAUGGGUGAGAAUGAACAUUGAUCCCAACAAGACUAAAGUUUUCUUCACCAGCAUGUCACCUUCUCAUGGAAAGAGUAUAGAGUGGGGAGGACAAGAAGGAGGAAACUGCUACAAUGAAACAACUCCAAUUGAAGAUCCUUCAUACUGGGGAUCUGAUUCACUGAAAAGCAUAAUGCAAGUAAUUGGAGAAGAGUUCAGAAAAUCCAAAGUACCUAUAACAUUUCUCAACAUUACACAACUUUCCAACUACCGCAAAGAUGCACAUACAUCAAUCUACAAAAAGCAAUGGAAUCCAUUAACUCCAGAACAAUUAGCAAACCCUGCUAGCUACUCUGAUUGUAUACAUUGGUGUUUACCUGGACUUCAAGACACUUGGAAUGAGCUUCUCUUUGCAAAGCUUUUUUAUCCUUGAAUUGAAGAGAUUUCUUGGGUUCACACGUUGCGUAAAAUUUGUAAAUGGGAAGAAGAUAAAAUGUAUGCGGGUAUUAAUUUUUUUUUUUGGGUUACAAAAAUGAGUUAUAGGGGUUUAACUUGAGAAAAUUUGAAUUUUUUUUUUCUGUUUUAUUUGGAAUGUCAAAUUCAAAUGGUGCUAAUGUAUUUAUUUACACAGUAAUGAAAUGGUAUUUUACAUUGUGUUUUA